AAGCUAGGAAGAAGCGUCGGAGCCUGUGCCGGGCGCAAUCUGCUGGCAGUGCAGCAAAACGAUCAGUGCCAUGGCGCAUCCAGGUGUGGGACGGUUGAGAGGUGGUGGUGACCACAGCGACGAUGAGGAUGGUCCUGAUGCAGAUUUGACCCUUGGCAUCAUGGCAAACUUCAGGAAGAAGUUUGAAGCGGAUGGCGCUUUGGGGACGAAACCUGAAGGAGGGGCUAGUCGAAAGAAGCAAGGUCCAGUACUUGAAGGCGAUGCUUCUGCUUUGGAAGACGAGGCGAGGGCAUCGAAGAAGAGGAAAAAGAAGGGUGCUCUGGAUCGACUAGAGAAGCGAGAGAGGAGUAGGAGCAGCACUCCUUUGAGCCACCGGCAGGAUUCAGAGCAGGAGAGCCCGAGGGAGAGAAGGAAGAAGAAAAGGAAGGCAUUCCAUGAGGUCGAAUCAGCGGCUGUUGAAGUGCGGGGGGUGAAUCCAGCUUGGGGCGAUGGGCCUAGAGACGGCUCUAGUGAAGAAGAAGGACAGAUUUUUGAAGAGGCAGAGGAGAGAGUCUUUGAUGCUAGAGAUGGUCUUUACGUAGCCAAAGGCCAAGGGUUUUCUGGUACUGAUAAUGGUCUUGAUGAUGUGGACAGGCCAGACACAGACCUCGAAAUACAUGAGACGUCACAUGAGCUGAGGAAAGAGAGCAAGGUGAAUGCUGCUGGCCCGAGUCUGGAGGCGCCAGAUUCGAGUCCCCCCAGAGAGGCGGACACCGACGCCCCUGCAGUUCCAUCUGGCGACACUCUUACUAUGAACAACUUGUUGCGUGGACGGCGCUACUGGGAUCCACCCGAGGACAACGCGCAGCGGUGUUUCAACUGUGGGGCUACGGGGCACAAGGCCUGGAACUGCCCCGAGCCAAAGAAGGAGCGGCCCUGCUUUGUGUGCGGCAAGUUUGGACACCUCGGCCAGAAGUGUCCAACGGGGAAGCUGUGCUUCGUGUGUGGGAAGGGGGGCCACGAAGCCAGGGACUGCCCCAAAAAGGGUAUGCGGCGGGGCGCAGGCUGGGCCUCCGGCGAGGGUCAGGAGGGGAACGUGUGCUACAAGUGCGGCUGGGAGGGACACACUCGAGCAGAGUGCUGGCGGGACUAUGAUGAGGCGGACCUCCAGUUGAUUCGGUGCUACAUCUGCGGCGAGCACGGUCACCUGUCGUGCGUUGAUGUCAUAGAGAACGGCCCGCAGGAGGUCACGUGCUAUCAGUGCGGCCAGUCCGGUCACACGGGCGACGGUUGCGCGCGUGGCGGCAGGGGCAAUUAUGAGCGCGACGAUGGUGGUCUCACGUGCUACCGGUGCGGGGAGAAGGGGCACAUUGCCCGGGGCUGCAGCAAGCAGAACAACUUUACAAGGAACCACCGGCCUGCGUACUACGAGCGGGAUGUGUACAGAGGCGGCUACAACGACCGCUACGAUCCAGACCAGGAUUACGACGAUCUGGAUGCUCCCGAGCACGACUAUUUUAGCAACUCUCGCUCCCAAGAAGGGAACGAGGGGCUGUGGUUAGGAGGGGGCUAUAAAGCGGGAUCGUCCUGGAGGGACGAUUACGAUCAAGAUGACAGAAACUCCGGUGGGGUGUCAAGGGGAAGUAGCAAAUACGGCAACAGAAGGUAUAGCGAUGAGUACGGGUAUGAGAACCGGCGAAAGGACAGUAGGUACGAGGAAGGCUAUCAUGGGUACAACGGAGAUGACACGGGGAGGUCGAAGUCGACGGGUAGGCGGCCGUGGCAGGAAGACCGACAAGAGGAACGGACACACAGGAGGUGGGGUGGCGGCGGGCGCGAGUAUCAAGGAUCUUAUGCAGGUCACAAACGAAACCGUUACUGAGGUACACAAUCUGAUAACAUGGGAAGAGGAUCUAGGAUUUCAGCUCGAUUGUGUUUGGGCGCGACUGUUGACCCAUCCUCUUUGGACCCGAGCUGUCAGCACUCAUGCCAGCCAG